UACCCUUGUCUCUUUUUCAUGAGUUUUAUAUAUCUUUUUUACUACUACGAUAUAAAAAAUUAAGCUUUGGUUUCAACUUAUUUAUGUUUGUAGUGGAUCUCCUUGGUAAGAAGCCAUGCUGAAGUCGUUAUAAAUGAUGAGAUUAUUUUUCCAGUUUUUAAGAAAUUAUGCAAGGCUGCAAAGGAAGCUGCUGCUUUCCGAGAAGACAAAAUCAAGUUGGAAAAGGAAGUUGAAGAGCUCACUUUGCACCUGCAGCUUGAGAAACAAAUGAGGGUAGAUUCCUUUUUUAUAGAUAUUUUCUUGCAAAUAAAUUUUCUGCUUGUAAGCUAUAUGUUUGGAUAGUCCUUUUUUUUACCUGCCUAACUUCUUGGUCUGGGAAACAUUAUUAGAAAGAAUAACAAAGAAACAUGAGACACUAAUAUAUGAUGUUCCUAUUUCUCUAGAAUCUGUAAACUGCAUGGCUAUUUGGGAAAUUUGGUAUUGUUUGUUUCUAAAGGCAUGCAACAAUUGAUGCAGUCUGAUCUUGAGAAAGAGAUACAGCUACAGUCACAGGAAAAUGUAUAAUUAAAGUCUGCCUUGGAAGAGAUACACCUCCAGUUCCAGGAAACAAAGGCAUUGCUAAUCAAGGAACGUGAGGCUGCAAAGAAUGUGGCCAAGCAUGUUGCUGUCAAUGAAAGUGAGGCUGCUAAGAAAAUGGCUGAACAAUCUGUCACUCAAGAGGUCCCUGCUUUCACUAGAAUAUUUUUAGGACAGGAGUCUUACACAGGUACAGAUUAUAGAGUGUAUAGGGAAAUUUUUAGGGCUUAUUCAAGGCGAUAGACGAUAAAUAGUACAAGAGUGGUAUGGGAUUUCCAUGGUGAUGCCUGGGACGUUUGUUGUAUUUUUUUCAUUUUAGGCCAUGUAUCUUGCAUUCUUUUUAGAAAUUUCAAAUGAAAUUACAUAUUUGUU